AUGAGAAGUGUUUCAUCAUCAAAUGAGGUUAAAAAAAUUAUUCAAAAUGAUACCUAUAGGUUAUUAUCAACCUAUGACAGAGAUUGUGAUCAAAGAAUUUCAUUUAAAGGUGCUGUAGAGUUUUUUAAAGAUUCAGGAUGUGUACACCCAAAAGAAGAGGCAAUGAUUUUAUUUAAUGGUGAUACAAAUAAAGAAAUGACUUUUGAUGAAAUUUUUCAAAUUCUAUUUAAUCAAAUACAUGGAAAAAUUGGUUAUUUAAAUCAAGAGAUAUUAGAAUUUGUUGAAGGACAUUACAACAGGGGAAAUAGAAGUGUAGAUUUUUUAGAAUUAGAAAGCCACUUUAAAAAGAGACCCCAAGUAAACCCACGUUUAAGUGCUCUUUAUUACAUUUUGAAAAUUAAUGGAAAUGAUGAUAAAUUUGUUGUCACUUUGGAUCAACUCAGAGAGUACGCAAGAGCAAGAAAUCUAAGAAGAAUGUUAAAACACAAUUCCCCACCAAAAGCCCAAAGGGUAGAAGUCUAA